AUGGCUGUUCGAGGAGGUCCUGCUCCGACGGAAUCUUUUAAGGAUCAAUUCUGCACGGAUCCUCGGACUAUGAACAAGCAUAACGCGUACACAGAAUGGGCUGAUGCGUACUCUUGUACUCGGCAUAGAUGCCAACCGGGAGGAAGAAAUCUCGCUAUAUACACAGUAGGAUGCAAACGUGUUGAAGCUCCAGAAUCAGCGAUUGAAUGUGAAGAAGUCGUGGAAGAUACAAAUAUGCAGUUCCCAUUCUGUUGUACAAGACUCAGAUGUUUAGUGGUAGUUCGAGGGGAAGUAUGGACGCGAGUGUUGGGACAGCCAUGGGAAACUUUGCCAGCGGCGCCCUGGAGUCAUAUGUACAAGAUGAAGAAACCGCCACCUGGGGACACUACCUUCUUGCCGAAAAGCCCCAGCGAUGGACCAGUUUACGAACUAUCUUCAGACAUCGACAAUAAUGACAAGGUCCUCAGAGCAAGUAAGAAAACUGCACCGGAAAACCCUGACUGUAACGAGAUAAUACCAAGAGCUUCGGUACCUACUCCUGAUAUUGUUAUAGCUUUAUCGACAGCGAAUGAUCCAAAGGAAUUUAAGAAAAGUGAAAAGAGCAGGGAAAGACAUAAGAGAGGUCGUAAAGUCCAAUCGAGUCCUUUAGAUGACGAAAAUACUGAAACUAAUCAACACAAUGAAGUCGAUACGGAGGAUGCAGCUAUCGAAAAAGAAAAGGGAUCACAGUAUCAUCAAAGUUGGACAGAAAUCCCUCCUAACCUAUGGAAUGACCGCGAGACUCCGAUAGUUGAUACCGAAACGACAGUUAGGGAUGGCAGCCACUCACCAGAUUUCGUCGCCCCAGAAGAGAAGAGGGAAGAAAAGCCAUCAAACCUCCAAGCGUUAGUAGACGCAAUAGGAACAAGAAUGAGAGACAUAGAAAACGUGGUACAGAAGAUGAGCGAGAAAGUUCAUCAAGCGAAACCUGGGCAACAGGAGUACAGCGGCGAGAAGAAAUCGACUGGAGAUGGUGAAGCUUUUCAGCAGUCACGUAAACACCACAAAGGUGACAAAGAUCCCGAACAUAAAGAAGGGAGAAUCAAAAAACCAAAUCCCGACGGAGAUCAGCCAGGGUCCGAUCUAAAGGAGGCAAGGCGGGGAAUGGUUCAGAUCGAGCAAAAUGAGGAGCGACAUAAUGAAAGACACUGGGAAAUUGUUAUUAGGUUCUCUGUCCGUAACAGAGGAAGCAAGUAUCUGCAUACAACAGAAAUCACUACUGAACAACCAGUCUUCAUUGAGGACACCAAUUUGAAUGGAUACUUCAGCGAUGCCAGUAACAAUCUUGUUAGAAGGUCAAACCAACCAAAGGCAAGUAUUAAAAAAAGUUAUCACUAUGAAGCUAACAACUAA